AUGUCAGGACAUAGGUACAUCAGCAACUCUAAUAAUCUUUUUGAGGACGACGAUGUAGACGAUGACACCUUUGUCAACAGCUACAGACCAAGAGUACCACCCCCAGCGCCAAAAGCAUCUCCUUAUUACGCAGAUUUGGAAAGACAGAAACAGGCCUAUUUGGAGAAGCAAAAAGAAAUUCAUGAAAGAACUGUCGAAUCUUCUUUCAGGAGCAUAGGUCUAUUGCGUGAUUCUGAAAAUAUAGGAAUCGCUACUGCUGAAGAACUUGCUCGUCAACGUGAAGCUCUCGAAAAUACUAGCAGGCGGUUGGACGAUAUUAAUACCAACUUAACUACAAGUCAAAAACACUUGAAUGGAAUAAAAUCAGUUUUUUACGGCUUUAAGAACUAUUUAUCUGGUAAAACUGAACAAACUCCUCCCAAAAGCACCGCAUCCCCUAGCUCUAGAAGCUGGAAAGCAGGCACUAGUAGUAGGGUAGAAGAAGCAACAAGUAGUGGAAGUGAACCAGAUAAUUUUAGAUCUCAUCCAACCACCCGAUUAAGAGGUCUAGAUGUUCAAACGCCCUCUGAACCAAUGUCAGAUACUCAAAACUUGAAUAAAAUACUUGACGCCAACCUUGAUGAAAUGGUCACCCAUAUAACAAGACUUAAAGGUCUAGGAAUGGCUCUGGGUGAAGAAAUUGAAACCCAAAACAACCUCAUUGAUGAAAUCCAUGACAAAGCUGAUAUUGCAGACAUUAAAAUUGGUCAACAAAAUAAACAAAUGAAUAAGCUUCUAGGCAAAUAA